AAUUAUUGAAGUACAUGGAAAAUCAGAACAAUGUCACAGAAUUUGUUCUCUUGGGACUGUUCAAGAGCCAGAAGGUUAAGAUAACGUGUUUUGUAAUCUUUCUGUGCUGCUAUUUUGCCAUUGUCUUUGGGAAUGUUAUUAUCUUCAUCACUAUCUUAUGUAGUCAUUUGAUCCAGCAACCUAUGUACUAUUUUCUCUGUCAUUUAUCUUACAUGGAUCUUGCCUAUACUUCCACUGUAGUUCCCAGACUACUCAGGGAUUUAAUUGCCAAGCAAACAUACAUCUCCUAUAAUAGUUGUAUCACUCAGCUUUUUGCUUCUCAUUUUCUUUCAGGCAUUGAGACGUUCAUUCUAGUGUCUAUGGCCUUUGAUCGUUAUGUUGCCAUUUGUAAACCUUUGCAUUACAUGAUAAUUGUGAAUAGACAGAGAUGUAACAUGAUGCUUCUAAUGGCUUGGGUAGUGGCCUUUUGGCAUGCCAUUGCCCAGAUGAUCAUGGUCAUUAGAUUACCUUUCUGUGGCCCUAAUCAAGUGGAUCACUAUGUGUGUGAUGUGAAAGCCCUCUUGAAACUUGUCUGCACUGACACACGCAUCCCUAAUAUCUUAGUCAUUGCAAAUACUGGAAUGGUUGUCUUAGCCACCUUUCUUGUCUUGGUGGCAUCUUACAUUGUCAUAUUAUAUAACCUUAGGAACCAUUCCUCCGAUGCUCAGCGCAAAGCCCUCUCAACUUGUGCUUCCCAUGUUAUGGUUGUUGUUCUGUUUUUUGUACCCUGCAUUGCCACAUACGUUCCACCUCCUAAUGCUAGCCAAAAUGAUAAGGAGUUCUCUAUGUUUUACACAGUCAUUGCACCUAUGAUGAACCCUCUCAUCUAUACACUAAGAAACACAGAGAUGAAAAAUGCUAUGAAGAAGGUGUGGUUAACAAAAUUGUUUUUGAUAUUCAAAUCAAGCAGAAUUGUAAUUUGA